GUUUCUGUGAACAAGGUGUUUACUCGUAAACAACAGUCCGUACGUGGUACCUACAUCGUCCAAGCCUUCUCCCUGCUGCCUAAUUCAAUAACCAGUACAGUACAAAUUUGGUGGCAAACGGCUACCUUAGCAGACUGCAGGUUAAAGAUGAAGAGGUCUAACAAGGGAACACAGAUGUCAAGUACGACGGUUCGGGACAGCCAAUCAGACGGCCGGUACUAUCAGACUAAGCUGCAAUCAGAGGAGCUCUACCGGCUGAACUUGGACAUGAUUGGACUGCGGGCGAGGUGCCGAGACCUGGAGACCAGACUGGAGGAUCUGGUGUUUGUGGUACAGCGGUACCGGGACCAGCGGGACGCCCUACAUCGCACCUCGGAGGUGUACCGGCUCAGCCGCGACGGCGACCGGGCGGAACUACGGCGCAUCCGCUGGGAAAACUUCGACCUGAAACGCGAGAACGACGCUCUAAAGAGCAUCAUAUCAAAUAUGAGGACAAAACAGUACUACUUCGGCAAUGCCCUACACGGAGGUCCCAGCCAAAUGGAGAUGCUGUACUGCCCCCCUUCCACCCUCCUGCCGUACCACAGCCGCUACGAGCGCCCCCUAUCGGCCACUGCUGGAGACGACUUGAAAAUCAUUUCAUAAAGGAGCCACGAUAUAAACUGGAGUUAAGGUUACAUAACUAAUGUGUUGGAAUCCACCACACAUUGGCAAGUCACAGUGCAGUAAUCUACGAACUUGAAGGCCUGAGGAGAUCUUAUAAAAUUAAAUCCACAUCUUGUACUUGAACAUGAAGGUCUGUUAGAAAGACAGGACCACGAAUAAAGACAGUAUCAUACUA